UUUCACAAAGUGCUCUUAAUAUACCAUAUAGGUUGCGCUUUUUUGUGAUCUCAUCGUUGCUGUAAGCAUUCCUUUGGAUAUUAGAAGUUACCUUUGAUUUCGUCGCCACUACACCAUUACAUCCGAGUGAAUUAAAUAGUUAUUUUAGUAAGCGAAUACUUGUUGUAGUGUCAUUGUAAGUCAACCCCAUAUUUGACUCCCUAACUAUGCAAUCGGCAAAGAAAUGAGCGUUCACUUCAAUCGAAGGGAUGCAGAUUUCAUAGAUAUCUCUUUCCUUCUCUUUGCCAAUCACAUCCUUUGUUCUGUGUAGACACUCCUUUUUUAUACUCUUUUAUAUUUAGAAGGGUAGUGUAAUGCACUUUUCGCGCCCAAUGCAUUUGAUAUAUGAGGAAUAGGUGCAGCAUACUAACAGCAUUUUGAACCUUUACGAAGCUGUGUUGGGAAGCCUGUGGAAUGCAUCAAAGAGUCAGAUCAGCGGUAGACAGAAAUGCCAAGAAGCGCCCGCAUCACCAGAGGUAAAGUCAGACAACGUUCAGAUACUGCAUCUUAUAUUACUAUUCUUACCAUUGAAAAGGUCGAAGCAUCCAAUCCUUAACGUGUAUAGUAGAGAGGGGUUUAUGCACUAAGAUAUGAAAGCAUCGGGUCGCUCUUAGAGGUGUAUUGCUUGUCACUCAGAACAUACUUGUAUGGAAGAUGAGCCUUUUUUUCAUUUCUCUCUCUCUCUCUCUCUCUUUCUCUCUCUCUCUAUAUAUAUAUAUACCCAACAGUUUUUUAUUUUACACUGUUCUAUUUGUUUUCAUGAACACAUCAUGCUAAUAUAAGAUCAUGCCAAUUUUGGUCAACGAUUAAGCUGCAAUAUUUCACUUGAUGAUGCCAAUUUUAUACAAGUUGACCUUUCUUUAAUAUAUUAACCUCCUCUUUACAUUAAACUGAUAAAGAAAAAGAAGCAUUCGACGCCAUUAACGCGCACUGAUAGGAUAACCCCCCCUCUCCCCUAAUCAUUAAAUCACAUAGAAAAACAGAGUGUAGAAAAGAGAAGGGUGGGGUUCAAUCUAAUGUCAUCAUCCCUUUCGCCGUGGGUCGAAAUGUACCGCCCUCAGACGAUGGCCGAUAUCGUGGGCAACUCUGAGGCUGUUUCUCGUCUUCAAGUCAUCGCGAGGGAGGGCAACCUCCCCAACCUCUUGCUCUGCGGUCCCCCCGGGACUGGAAAGACCACGAGCAUGCUCUGCCUCGCGCGCGACCUUCUCUUACGCGGCGCGUCCUCCUCGCUGGGGGACCGGGAUAUUUUGAAGGAUGCAGUCUUAGAGCUCAACGCCAGUGAUGAGCGCGGGCUUGACGUGGUGCGCGAGCGCAUUAAACUCUUCGCGCAGACCAAGAAAACGCUUCCUGGGGGGGGCCAAAAUGGCGAUCCCGCGGGCGGCAUCGCACUGCAUAAGAUCGUCUUGCUUGAUGAGGCGGACAGCAUGACCCCUGCGGCGCAGCAGGCGCUGCGGCGGACGAUGGAGCUCUACAGCGCGACCACCCGCUUCGCCUUUGCCUGCAAUCAAAGCAGCAAAAUUAUCGAACCCAUCCAGUCCCGAUGCGCCAUUGUGCGCUUUGAAAAGCUUGCAAACCUCGACAUUUUGAAACGCCUGAUGCACGUCAUCCAGGCGGAGAAGGUUCAAUACACCGACGACGGGCUGGAGGCGUUGCUGUACCUUGCCGAGGGUGAUCUUCGACAGGCCAUGAACGCGCUGCAGGCAACGCACACCGGCUAUGCGAUGGUCAAUGCCGAGAACGUCUUUAAGGUGUGCGACCAACCCCACCCGGUGCUUGUGGAGAAUAUUUUGACGGCAUGCCUCACCAAGAAAGAUCUGGCGGAGGCGCACCGAGAGGCAACUCGGCUGCUUCGCCGCGGGUAUGCCCCGGCGGAUGUCAUUUCGACCUUCUUUCGAGUCGCACAGAUGAAGGUGCAGAUGUUCAGCAAUGAGGUUCAGCAGUUGGAGGUGCUGAAAAUCAUAGGCGAGACGACAAUGCGCAUUGCCGAAGGCGUGGGAACCCCCCUGCAGCUAGCCUCCAUGCUUGCGCGAAUGAUCACGACGGCAGAGUGA